AUGGAGCAGGAAAAUUCACCAGGACUAGAGUCGUCCAUCAGACUGUGGCCAGUCGCCGAAGCUUUGAGUGCUUAUCUACCGGUGGGAGAUUUGAUCACGCUUUCUCGAUCUAGUUCCGCUCUGCGAGCUGGAUUGCACGGAUUCCCAGAACCCCAUGAGGACUUGCCUACUGGGAGCCAACGUCGUCCUCGAAAAUCACUCAAUAUCGGUCAACACAACACACCGUCCUGGAAGAGGCUAAAAGAUUUGGCUCCCUUCGAAUGCUCGGCUCCCAAGCAUGCGAAGAGGAACCUCUCUCCUAAGCCAUGUCGAUACUGUUCCCGGCCUAUUUGCGACGCUUGCAUUGUGCAAUCGUCCUUCUCGCGUGGAAGGGAGAAUACCUUCCAGAAUCGAGUCCGAUAUCUUUGCAGGGUGUGCUGGGAUGAUGGGAAUCACAGCAAGGGCCGCCGCUUCCCACUUCAUGGGUCCAAGAACAGCGCUUCAAGAACUCCAUGGUACGACCCAGGUGGCAGUACGAGAGAAUGUUGCACUUGUACUCUGAAAGUGGAUGGUACAAUAUGCCUUGAGUGCAAAGACCGACAAAAUUGGGAAGCCGUUUCAUCAGCAGAAACUCAAUGCCAUGGCCUCGAUUGCACCAAUCCGCUCGAGGAAGAUAAAGACCGACGACGUAUCUGCUUGUGGUGUAACAAGUCUCUUCCGCGGCAAAUUGGAGGCACUACACGUCACCACUGGAACCAAAAGAUGAUUGACGCCCGAGCUCGUAACGCAGCUUCUCGGCAAGCCGACUUGGAGGAAUACAACCGCAAACGCUUCAAGUCUAUGACAAUGUCCAGACGUGAGAUGAGAGGCGACGAAGCGGUACAGGAUGAUCCGGGUGCGGAUCUACCUCAAUUCGUUCGUCAUCUUGAUACGAUCAAUUAUCGAGCCUAUAUGGGACCGGAGCAAGCCCCGAGUGGCGAAGCCGUCUAUCACUCCAAGAGAGGCUAUUGGACGUAUAGCCAGAAGUUUCUUCUUUACUUGGGGCGCUUCUGUCACGAUUUUCCUCGCCCCAACAUGGACGCUGAUGUAGCAUGUUUGAAGGAGAAUGCCACCUCCACAUUCGCACGGACCAAUAUCGAGAAAUAUAACGACUUCCUUCAGUUUCAUUCGAGCAUCCCAUCCAUAUCUCCACGUCGCUGUAAAGAGUGGCAUGAACUCAAAGCCACCAUCCUCGAUCUCUCAGUGAACCAAGGGAUGGACCCCUACCAAAUUCAAGUAGUCAUCAGAGCGGACUACGGCUUCCACGCGACGGUCUUAGAGUACAAGAAGAUGGUCCAAUUAUGG